UUCUUAAUGCUAUCAUAGGAACUAAAAAAAUGAGGACACGAAAGCUGCUUUAUGCGACAGAGAAAUUUUGGGUGGACAAGCAUUUGUACGACGAGGCGGAGAGGCUCCACUAUGAACGGGAAGCAACUUUAGCAGCCGCUGCUGCAGGAACGCACCAAGAGGUGGUGGCUGUGAAUGGGUUUUGCCAUGAAGAGACCGGUGAGGACGAACUGAAAGAAGAGCCGCCAAGGGCAGGAAAUAGGAGGAAGCAGAAGAAAAGGAAGUUCUCCCCCAAAGCCAAGCCUUCAGAGGCAAAAGUAGAUUUUGUCCUAACUGGGUUGCUAGCUGACCGUGUGUGGUUCGAGAAACCUCUGUACGACCAGGCAGAAGCUACCUUUGGGAAGAAGCUGGCUGAAGCUUUUCCACAAGAACCUCCUGAGAAGCCACUUGCUGAACAGUCUGCUUUGGUCCCCUGGUCAGAAGCAGAGUUCAUCCAAGGCAUUGAUGAGCCACAGAAAACCUUGGCUAUCCUACGUUGCAAUCAUGGCAGUCUGAUGGCCUGCCACCACAUUAUUCAGGACAUUUGGGUCAAUAAGUUCAACUUUGACGAAGCUGAGGAGAAGUUUGUCAAAGGAUGCCAGACACUGGCUCUGCCACGCUUCCUAGAGCUUCCGUCUGUGCCUUCGCACACUAUCAUCGGACAGAAAACACCCGAUGAAGGCUACGCAACCGGCCUACCUACGCCUUCAACGCCAGCCCAGUCCAUGGAUGUUGUGGCUCAACCUAACGCUGCCUUUGCUGCUCCAAGUUUCUCUGACGCUACAAACCAGACAGUGAAUGGGAAACCACAGGUGUCAAGCUUGCAAGCCUUGGUCUCCGAAGUGUGGCUGGAGAAGCCGAUCUACGAUGAUGCAGAGAGAUGCUUCUAUGCAAACAUGUUUGAUGGGCACCCUCCAGGAAAGGUGAGAGUGCAGGAGCGAGAGGGCCCAGAGUCUUCGAAGAAAUCCCGUAAAGACAAAAGGAGCCGUAACGUAGGGAAGCAGACAGGAAACAAAAGGGGGAGCACAGCCACCUCUUCUAUUACACCUCAAAAUCCUCCCCUCUCCUCAGCUACCUGGUACUUCAUGCACAAGGACAGUGAGUCUCCGUGGUUCAGCAAACCCACAUACGAUAAUGCAGAAGCGCAGUACUAUGCCUCCAAAGCUUCAGAGCUGGCAAGUGAGCAAGCGAGCACCAGAAUAUCCGGAACGAUGCUAGGAGAGUCGUCGCAACAUACUACCAAGGCUUCGAGUGAACCAGAGUCUAAUAUUAAAAAAAUGGCUGCCAACUUCCUCAUGCACGAGAAGAUCUGGUUCGAUAAGUUCAAAUACGAUGAUGCUGAGAAGAAAUACUAUGAACAGAUGAACGGUCCAGCUUGCAACUCUUCUGGCCAGCAGGAGAACGGAGCCAGCACGAUCCUCCGCGACAUUGCCAGAGCCAGGGAGAAUAUCCAGAAGUCGCUGGCCGGACUCAAGACAGUUUUGCACAAUACUUCCGAAGCCCCUCCUGUUCGACGCAAGAAGCACUCGGGUCGUGCGACUAGUGCCAGCAGUUCUUCUUCCGCAGGGCCUGCUGGGGACCAAGGGGAGCUGAUCACUAGGAUUGCACACCUGGAGGCAGAGAACCAAAGUCUUCACAGCGUGGUUGUGGACCUGCAGCUUGCCAUCUCCAGACUAGAAUGUCGCCUGAAUGUGCUGGAAAAAGCAUCUGCUCAUCAUCCUUCCCCACCACCACCGACACAGCACGUCACCCCCAUGAGGAAGGUGGAACCACAGGCUGCUCCGUCAAAGAAAGUCAAUCCGCCUUCAGCUUCGGCCGUUGCUGAGGAAGACGAGGACGACGACAUCGACCUGUUUGGAAGUGACGAGGAGGAGGACCAGGAAGCAGCCCGAAUUCGGGAAGAGCGACUAAAGCAGUAUGCGGAGAAGAAAUCCAAGAAGCCUGGCCUGAUUGCCAAGUCCUCCAUUCUCUUGGAUGUCAAGCCUUGGGAUGAUGAGACAGACAUGGCCAAGAUGGAAGAAUGUGUUCGAUCCGUUCAGAUGGACGGCUUAGUCUGGGGAGCCUCCAAACUGGUCCCAGUAGGCUAUGGAAUCAAGAAGCUCCAAAUCCAGUGUGUGGUGGAGGACGACAAAGUGGGGACAGAUAUCCUAGAGGAAGAGAUCACCAAGUUCGAAGACUAUGUGCAGAGUGUUGACAUAGCUGCUUUCAACAAGAUCUAGUAGCAAGCCUUUACACUUUUUAAAGUUAAUAAAAGGUCAAGAGUUGGAAGAUCAA